UGAACUGCACUACCACAAUCAUUCUGCAUCAAGAAAAUUUUCCAGUCUACUCCAUCCCCAACAUUGCCUUUUUAAACAAUGGCUCCAAGUUUUUCUGAUACAGAUUCACUUUUCAAUUUCGUGGUCCGAGACGGCAAUGGUGUCAAGGGGAUGGUGGACUUAGGUCUCUCAAAGGUGCCACAACAAUAUGUGCAACCCCCAGAAGAAAGAAUAGACAAGCUAAAAGCAAUCCUCAGCGAUAACUCGCCAAUUGAUUUGUCAAAGCUAGAUGGUCCCGACCAUGACAAAGUGGCAGAGGAAAUUGCUAGAACCUCUGAAACCCUAGGGUUCUUCCAAGUUGUGAACCAUGGCGUACCUGUAGAGCUGUUAGAGUCUUUGAAGAUUGCAGCUCACAAGUUCUUUGGCCUUCCACCUGAAAAGAAGGCUGCCUAUCGCAAAGGCGUGAGUCCUAGCCCGUUAGUGAAAUAUGGGACAAGUUUCGUGCCAGAGAAAGAGAAGUCAUUAGAGUGGAAAGACUAUGUUAGCAUGCUUUAUACUAAUGAUUCUGAAGCACUUCAAGUUUGGCCUGAAGAAAUCAAGGAAUCUGCACUGGAAUACCUAAGAACAUCAAUCAAAAUGGCGAGAAGAGUGCUAGAAAUUUUGAUUGAAAAGCUUGGAGUGACAGUAGAUGAUGCUAAAAUAGAUGCUCUAAUUGGUUUGAAUAUGGUUAACAUGAACUUCUAUCCAAAAUGUCCUAAUCCAGAGCUUACCGUUGGAGUGGGACGCCACUCGGACAUGGGGACCCUCACCGUUUUGUUGCAAGAUGAAAUUGGUGGUCUGUAUGUCAAACUUGAAGAAAACAGAGAUGAAGAGGAAAAACGAGAGUGGAUGGAGAUCCCAUCAGUUCCUAAUGCUUUGGUCAUCAAUAUCGGUGACACGCUACAGAUACUAAGCAAUGGAAGGUACAAAAGUGCUGAACACAGGGUGCGUACAACAAGUGAGCAACCGAGAGUGUCUAUCCCAAUUUUCACCAUCCCAAAACCAACAGAGAAGAUUGGACCGUUGGCCCAGCUUGUGGAGCGUGAUGGUGUAGCUCUUUAUAGAGAGGUUGUUUUUGGAGACUAUAUGAACAAUUUCUUCAGCAAUGCCCAUGAAGGAAAGAAGUCUCUUGAUUUUGCACAAAUCAAUUAGAUUUCGAUCUUGUCAAUGUUCAUGCUUUCUUCUUCUACUUGUGCUCUCCACGACUAGGUUUCUGGUCGUGAUUGAAAAUAAAUGUGUCAAGUUUCUACCCGUUGUUUGUGAUCUUGAAGUUUUUUUUUUGGUCUGAUUGUGAUCUUGAAGUUGAGAGUACUUUUAUGUAAUCCUUUUUAAAUUUGGUUUAAUGUGAAAUAAUUUAUGUUUA